AUGUUACAAGAGAUACAACUUGUUCAAGGUCAGACCAACUAUGUGGUUGUUUCGUCUGGCUACCCAUCGGCGACUGUAACGAAACCAACAGCGGAAAAAAGGAUAUUACCGAUUGCACCUGCCCCAGAAAAAAAUUAUGUCACUCACGAUUCACCACCAAAUCUACAAUACAGAAAAAAGGUGCAUUUUAGGACAAAUCCAUAUACAGGACCUCAGGCUGCAUCCAUUGCAAGACGUAAUGCUCGUGAACGUAACCGCGUAAAACAAGUAAACGACGGAUUCAACGCACUUCGCCGGCAUUUACCAGCAUCAGUUGUUGCGGCUUUAUCAGGCGGAGCACGACGAGGAUCUGGCAAGAAACUGAGCAAAGUGGAUACAUUAAGGAUGGUGGUUGAAUAUAUUAGAUAUCUACAACAAUUAUUAGAUGAAAGUGAUGCAGCCUUAGGUAUCACACGCGAUCAAGAAAAUAGAGAAAAUAUACCCAACACGAAUUCACAAAACAUUACAGUUACUGAUAUGGAUGAUGGUUUCUUUUAUGGAAGCAGUUCACCUUGUUCAGAAAAAGCCGAUUCCCCUGCACCUUCGGAAUGCUCGUCAGGAGUAUCUUCAGCUUACUCAGCUGUUGACCGGUACGAAGUGUCAACGCAACAACACCUCGGCCCCAUGGAUGAGGACGAGCUUCUUGAUGUCAUUUCAUGGUGGCAGCAAAAA